UGAAGUCAAGUUCAGGUGACUGACACAUCUAAACUUAUUCGACCAAAGUUGUUUCAAAAUGCAACCGAGGCAGUAAAGAUCUCCCUGACCUACCACGCUGUUUCACAGCUUAGGGUCUUUAUACAGCCAUAUUGGCAACAGAAUGGAGGUAUCAUGGAAUUUCAGGUUUGGGAUUGUCAUUCUUGGGGACUCAGCAGUAGGAAAGUCCUCUCUUCUCCAUCGCUACACUGAAGGCAUAUUUGAUGACUCAAGGCAGUCUCCGCUUGGAAUUGAUUUUAAAGUUCAUCAUCUGGAUUUUGACCCCGGUAUUGUGGUGAAACUGCUCCUGUGGGAUACCGCUGGACAAGAGAGAUUCAGGUCAAUUGCCAAGUCCUACAUGAGGAAUUCUGUUGGUUGUUUGCUUGUAUUUGACCUGUCCCAGAGACAGACCUUUGAACGAAUCCACAGCUGGCAACAGGAAGUGCUUGACUAUGUCAAACCCAACCCUAUGAUAUUCCUGCUGGUGGGCCACAAGUGUGACCUGGAUGUACAGAGACAGGUCACCACAGAGGAAGCAGAGACCUUGGCUAAGAAGCUCAACAUGGUGGGCUAUCUGGAAGUCUCCUCCAAGGACAACACAAACGUCAGCCUGGCGUUUCAGACUUUGGCCCAGGGGAUCUACAAUCAGUACCAGAAACGCAGAAUCUCUAUCCGAGACGGAUGGUAUGGACUUACAGUUGGAGCACCUGUUCAGACCAACCCUCUCAAGACAAAGCCAUCUGGCUGCCACUGUGGCUGAGGAUGGAUGGAGGUCUAUAGCUCCCUGUAGUUAUGCAGCUCAUAACUGUUAUAGAGACGAUGGUUCUGAUUUUUGCCGUCUCAGAUCUAACAUUAACAAUUUUUAAUAAAUUCAAAACAUUCUUUUAACUUUGUAAUGAACAAUCCAAAAAAUUAAGCAGACAAAUUUGGAGAUUGAAUGGAAAUGGUUGCUAGAGCAAACUUUCCAUCCAAUUAGAGAGUGGAAAAUCCCUUUCUGUGCCACAUUAGCUUUCCUGUACAUGCACAUAGCAGGAAGGAGCUGUCACUGCUUGCUUUCCCCCUUUAUUCGUCUGUCUGCAUUCAUGCCUAUUGGGGCCCCUCUAGAGUUUCCCUUAACCAGUCCUUUGUAUGUCUUCACCUAUUUUCUGCCUGUCUGGGUCACCCAGUGGCAUGGGAAGAGGAAGUGAUCAUUUCACACUUGACACAGACAAACAGUGGCACAGAAGCUGUGCGACUGAUUAACUGACACCAAUUCAGGACUUUGCUUUACUUUACUGUGAAGAGCUUGAGUGGUCACAUGAUGAGUGUGUUUGCCUCAUUGAUGUUGGACAUGUUUCCCUCAAAUAGACCUAGCGGUCCAAAACUUGCUUGGAAAUGUUAGCCCGGGAAUAGAUGUUCUUCCCUCGUAACUUUUUACACCAGCACAGUAUUUAAACAUGAGUAAUUCUUUAUGGGAAGGAUGAUGUGUGUCUAAUAA